GUGAUCACGCGCGUCGCGACUCUAGUUGACGCGCACCAAACACACCGAGAAGUCCGCUGAAGUUGCAGCCGACGAAGCAGUUGGCCGUGUUCCUACAAGGAGACAGCAAGACGUCCAAAGUGGUGACCUACCACGUAGGUAUAUACCACGACAACAUGGCGGAUGAAGACGAGGCGGGGGAUGCCCAAGCCGGCCUCACCUUCAACAACGAUGGAAGCUUCAUGGAGCAGUUUAUGAAGAUGCAGAAGGAGAAGGAGAAGUCAAGAGAAGAUGCAGAGUCCACGAAAAAAGACUCACCUUCUCUUGCCGCUGUGAAACCCGUCCGAAAGCCGCCUGCCUCGCUGGCACAGAAGAUGAUGAAAAAUCGUGCCGCCAAAAAAAAGUUGGCCGUCGCUAGUGCUGGAAAAGAGGGAGGGGCAGAGAGCAAGAAGGAGUCAGACCCCUCUGCCACGCCCAGUUCUACUGUCAGCCAAUCAACCGAGGAGUCCCCUUCGUCUAGCAUCACUCCACCUCAACCACAACCAACCACCUCUGCGACUAAAGGUGGUCGUAAGAGGAAGAGCAAGUGGGACGUCAGUAGCAGUGAGUCCACAGCUGACUCCACAGCUGACUCCAGACCUAUCCACGAGGCCAUUGGGUUGCUUGCCGCGGCCCCUCCCCCCGUCAUCCAGCCGUCGUCAUCAGGCCUUCCUGGGGUGGUCGGCGGGGACCAGCAGCUCACUGCUGCCCAGCAGGAACAGCUGAGAGAACAGAUUGCUAUGCAGAAGAUGGUGGCAGAGAUCAAGGCAGCGACUGCCCAGUCCGGUUCCGGCGUCAAGAAAGGGAACCGGUACGAGUACGACAGCGACGAGGAGGUGGAGGAAGGAACGUGGGAGCACAAGGCACGAAUUAAGGAGAUGAAACUGACAGAAGACAAGGCCACGGAGUUGACAGAGAUGGGCAAAGGAAAGCACCACAUUGGAGACUUUCUGCCCCCCGAGGAGAUGGAAAAGUUUGUGGAAACUGUCGUUGCUGUUAAAGAGGACAGAGACCCAGACUUCAGUGACUACAAAGAGCACAAGCUGACAGAAGAGAACAUUGGAUUUAAGUUGCUGCAGAAGGCUGGCUGGGACGAAGGGGCGGGGCUCGGGGCCCAAAAGCAAGGAAUCACCGCGCCCGUUAAUAAGGGCAAGCAGUCGUUUGACCAGUCAGGGCUAGGAGUAGUCAAACCGGCCGAAGUCAAGAAAUCGGACAGCGAAUUUGAUUUGUAUCGCAAGAGAAUGAUGCUUGCCUAUCGUUUCAGACCCAACCCGUUGGUGAGCCCCUUUCAUUUCACACUCUAACGACGUGCAUGAGUGGUAUUGUUUUUAACUCUUUUUGUCGUAGAAUAAUCCCAGAAGACCCUACUAUUAGCUGUCAUCAUAAAACAAAACUCUUGCUUCUCAGAUCUGUUGUGAUGUGUAUAUAUAAUAGUACUGUCAUCUUAAUUGUAAUGCAUAUUAUAACAGUGCACCAUGUGAUCCAGUAAUUGGAAAAAAUGCCCAAGUAAAACAUUUAACUUGUUUGUGUGGAAUGCAAGCUACUACAAAACAUAACUGACAGGAUAGUUACUUGAACCUACAUUAUGUUGUAGCUGGGAAUAAAUGUGUU